AUUGCAAUUGUUUUGAGGUGCUAAGACGUCAAUUGAUAAAUUCCCAAUUUUACCGUAACACAACGCACUUGUCCACACAAAUAAUUUAGCAACAUUCUCUGAUUCGGUUUAACAAUAAUUAGCACGGCAAGUAAAGGCAAACUGUGAGCGAAAACGAACAAUAAAAUGAGGGCAAACAAGUCAGGUUUUGCAAACAAUACACUUACAAUCUUGAACGAUUAAAACUUUACCAGCAUCCUGGGCAAACCAUGGAGGAACCCAAAAUUGCAACCACAGCGGAGCUUCCCAGCACAUCAACCGGAGCAUCGUCGUCAUCAUCGACUUUGUCCAACAACGUGAGCUACGACAAGAUCGCCUGGACUCGGGAUAUCACAGAACCCUUGGCUGAGGAGUCAUCUACAAGUCAAUUGCGCCCGCUGGGUACCUCGAUUCCAACCGAUUCGGCGUCAUCGGAACUGAAUACGUCCAACACUUCGUAUUCCUUUACUGGAGACUAUCUAUCUGGUGGCAAUAAGGCCGAUCUGAAGGGUGGCUAUCCAUCCGGUGGCACCGAUACGGACACGAAAGCCAAUGAAAAGGACAAGGAGAAGGAACAUAACGCAGACGACUCGCUCUACGAGUGCAACAUAUGCCUGGACACCGCCAAGGAUGCUGUGGUCAGCAUGUGCGGCCAUCUGUUCUGCUGGCCGUGCCUGCAUCAGUGGCUCCUGACGCGUCCCAAUCGCAAACUCUGUCCCGUUUGCAAAGCUGCCGUUGAUAAGGAUAAGGUCAUACCUCUGUACGGAAGAAAUAGUACACACCAGCAAGAUCCACGUAACAAAGUUCCACCACGCCCCGCUGGACACCGGACAGAACCAGAUCCUGUUCCCGGGUUCCCUGGAUUCGGAUUCGGCGACGGAUUUCACAUGUCCUUCGGCAUUGGAGCUUUUCCUUUCGGGUUCAUAACAUCUACCUUCAACUUUGGCGAACCACGUCCGCCUGUUGCUGUUCGAGGAACAAGGCAAUACCAGUAUGAACAGGCCCUGUCCAAGCUCUUUUUGUAUCUGGCCCUUGUGUGCAUAAUGUGGCUGUUCUAUGCAUAGCAAUCUGCGAACGCGUAGAGACAUCACCCCGAUAAGAAGAACCUAUAUUCAAAUGUGUAUGGAAAGCGUCCGAAGUAAUCAUAUAGCAGUAUCCUCCAGUUAAAUCAACAAUAUUCUUAAACUCGUUGGGCAAUAGUCGUUGGUGUGAUUAAUUAACAUAAAUUGUAAGCAUUCGGUUAUAAUUGUAAUUUGAGAAUUCGCAAAACAGAAGUGGAUUGGGUACCCCAAACUAUUUCAAAAAGGCCGCGAUACCCUACGACUCUCAGCGUAAAAAACUGAAAUUUCGAAAUCAUUGGAUCGUAAUGAUUUAUUUAAAA